AUGUUGCGUCAAAAUCUCUUAGAUCAGCUUCAUCAUUUUAUAACCACAGUAACCACCACACCCAGCAAUGCUCAGGUUCUCACACAGCCAUCGCUUAUCAAAGUGGCAUUAAACUUUCUCGAUGAGUUGCCGGCGACGCGUGAAAUUGUGUUUGACUAUUUCGGUAUUCUGGCCGAGAUUGGGGUGCAACUUUACGUGUCGCCUGAGAUGGUGGAUGGCAAGACUGGCCUGCCGGUAUCACAGGUUAAGCAAGGCGGCAACCGCCAGCAACAGCUGCGGGCGCAGGAAUACGAAGCCUUCAAUAUGGUUAAAACUUCGCUCCAAAACCUGAUUUGGAAAGGUCCGGCGGCCUGGUCGCCAUUGAUAGCCAACUGGAGCUUGGAGUUGGUGGCUAAAUUAUCUGACAAGUAUACGCAGAGACGGAUGACCAUCACCGCUUCGUGCAAUUAUUGGCUCGAAUGCAGUGCAAUGCAUGGUCUUUUGACUCUAAUAAAUAGCUGCUUUCGCAAGCUGAGCAACACGGAGGCGGAAACUUGCGUAGAAACCAUGUUGAAUGCCUUCCGCCGCUAUCCCAUGACGUUUGAUUGGAUAGUAGCACGUUUGGGUGGCUGUUUUCCAUACAAAAUCAUCAUGCAAAUCUUGCAAUGUGGUAUCAAACGUUUUGUUGAUGAUUUCCGCUGUCAUCUUGAUUCAGAGGCGGGUAUAUUAGACUACAUGACCUCGUGCCACGAACAGCAGUUGCGUGCAGCAUUUCGUGAAAUGCUGAAAGAUGGUUUAUCACCAAAAAAACCGUUGGAUACGGCAGUCGUGCCAUUUUUGAUGAUCACCACAAACUAUUCAGAUGCAAUUUUGCAGAGUUUAGUCAAUGUUUUUGUGGAAUUAUACACUGACGACCUGUGCGAUGUUAUUGUACAAAGAUCGCCACUUUGGCUUAACAAUAAAAUGUUUGCAGACAUGCAACCCACGCUAAACAACGCCGUUCUCCGACUCAACCAACAUGGCGCAACGCUGCUUAUUACAGUAGCCAAGAUAGCCGAGAAGUAUGUGUGGUGUCAGGACUUUCUAGAUAACUCCAUGCAGGAGCUGGAACAGUGGGUGAUCAAGUCGCGGAACACUCCGCUGCUUGCUGAUUUGGCUUAUGAGCAAACAAAGUACAUGUUGUGGAAAAGUUGCCUGAGCACCAAUAUAAUGGAACAGCAGACUGCUGUACGAUUGUUACUCUUCGUCUCCUCCCAGCAUCCGCAUAUUUAUUAUCAAACGAUAUCACAAUUGCUCAGAAAAUCGUAUGCUGAAAAUCCUAAUGGAAUCGGUGCCCUUAUGCGUAUGCUGAGUGGCCAAGGUGGCGUAGUAAACUUUCCAAGCAUAACGCAAGGCUUUAAAAUGGUGCUGGAGGAUAUAACGCUACAAGAGCAAGUGGAAAAUCGCUUGCCUAUUCCACCGGGUGCUACAUCAGACGCCUACAACACAUUCUAUAACUUAAAAAUGUUAGCAAGCAUACAAAACAAGAAUAACUUCCCACACAUAAAACCGCAACAUCUAUCACAGGCUCUAAAUGAAUGCUUACCAAAGAUCAUUCAAAUCUUUGAUUGCACGGUUAACAAGUUGGUGCUGCUUAUGGACAGAGAUGCAGCAAUGCGCACCGCUGCGAAAUUUAAAGAGCAACAGGCUAACAACAACAAUCUGGAGACCAUGCCCGAUAUGUACAAUGGUAAUGGCGACAGCAAGCGCCCCAAGGUCGAGCCUAGUGACGAAGAAACAAUGAGCGAGAGUAACAGCAACGGCAGCACUGAGGAUUGCGAUGCAGCACGCAUGAAUCUGGCCCAUCUCAUUGUCGAUGUGCUCAACACUAUUGAGGCAGGAGCCCGCAAAAAUAUUAUGCACACGCCUUUGGUACUCAAGUUAGCUGUGCUUAGUGUGAAGUAUUUUUUUGUUGGCCUCAACGAAAAGAAUGCCAUACAAAGAGCUGCAGCCGCACAUCGUGCCAAUACGUUGCUGCAGCGUCAGUGCUCGGCUCGGAAAAUAGCUCGCACUGCCUGCCUGCGGGAACUACUCGAAGGUGCGCUGUUCUAUCAUGGUCACCUGCUGGGACAGCUGGAGGAAUACGAACUCGAUGAGCUGCAAAUUCCGGAACAUGAGUUGCUCAUUCUACAAAAUUUACACACUAGUUCCGGGGCCAACUCAAACCGCUCAGUACUACAUUCAGGCGUAAUCGGACGGGGUCUAAGGCCAGUACUGUUGAACAGGCCUCAAAGUUGCGAUGCGGAAAAGCAGAGUUUGUAUCUUAAAGCCUUGCAUGCAUGCUGCGCUGAUUUGGAAAAGCCAAACAAUGUGGAUGGCUACACAACAGUUUCGUUAAUGUUGGUCGAGCUGGUCUCUACGGAUGUAAUGUACAACGGGCUGCCGUUUCCCGAUGAAGACUUCACGAAGGUCACCAUGGAACGGGACAUGCAAAUACGUCGUGCCUUCAUUACAUCACCCGUGCUGUGGGCUGUUCUAGGUCUUAUUUCCACACAUCGGCCAACCUUGUGUUACUGCUCAGUGCUGUUGCGAGCGCUAUGUGCAACAUGUUUGCAUCAUUGGCGUGGCAAAAACGUAAAUAAGUUUCAACCCACUGACCCCAACGACGAACUUAUGUUAUGCACCAAAAAGCUGUUGCAAUUGUUAGCCAUGGGUCAACUGAUCCCGCCGCCGUUGACAAGUCUGCAUAUGAUCAUCGAGCAUUUUGAAUCACAAGAAAUUGCGUUGCUGUUGCGGGAAUGCAUUUGGAACUAUUUGAAAGAUCAUGUCCCCUCGCCUGCCCUUUUCCACGUGGACAGCAAUGGUUUGCAUUGGCGCAAUUUGAACCAGUCAAGAGCACCGCCGCAGUAUGUGGACACCCUACGUAACUUAAUGCAAAAGAAACUCUCCAAGCUGGGCCAACAUUACUACCAAAUGUUCAUAAUGAGCGAACUACAUGCCAGCUCUGUAACCACAACAGCGAUAUCACCCACAGCUGCAGAAACAGCAGCAGGGGCAGCGGGAGCAGUGGCAGCUGUAGGAUCAACAGAAGUUGCUACCACAGCUGUGGAGGAGCCAGCAGCAGCCACAACGACGAAGGUGGAGACAACAACAUCUCCAAUCGUCGUCAUGGAAAUAGAUUAGACAAUUGAUAGCACUGUUAGUUAAGUAGAGUCAAGCUCACACGGACAAAUAAGUUUAAAGUAAAAUGGUUUCUGUUCUUCCCAAAGUGCUUAAACAAAAAUCCCCCGAUAAAGCGUGAAUAGAGAAGCUUCUCACUUUCUGGCUGCAAAAUACUGGCACAGUCUUAGUUGUCUUAGUCGAAUUUAUAGCAGUUAUAUAAAUUUAUAUACAAUUGAAACUGUUUACUUUUAUGCUUCAAGAGUCCAGGCAGGAUAACUUGAGUUCAUAGUACAAAUGUAGUUAAAGAUUUUAAAUACAUCGACUUACAUAUACACACCUUAAACGUAUGUUCAGUAUUGAUGAGAAGCUUAUUUGUCUGUGUAAUCUUGAUAGGAUAAAAUAUGAUUUGAGAAGUUUUAUAGGCGUUUUGAGAAUGUAAAUAUGUAUAAGCGAACUAAA